GCACAAGCAUUUUACACUUGACCGUGGUUGACAUGAGUCGUCUGCGCGCUUUGGAGCCCACACUGGCCGCUCUGGCGCAGUCCGAGUGCAAUGAGCAGCAAACAUUGCGAGCAGAUUACAUUAACGAGCUGCAGACUUGGAUAGAGAAAUCGGCACAUCUGCAGGCCAGCACCGAUGAGCAGCUGCUCUUGGCUUUUCUGCGUCGUUGUCGCUUCAGUCUGGAGGAGACAAAGCGACGCAUAGACAACUAUUAUGCCUUGCGCAAUUCUUUUCCAGACGUGCUUUGCAAUCGGCAAGUAGAUGAAGCGUUGCUGACGCAGUUUGAUCGCGGCAUUCAUCUAAUACCUGCGUUGCCCAUAGACGCAAACGGACCACGGCUAAUCUUCUCGCAGUUCAGCAAAGUGGAUCCAAAGGCUUCAAAUCCGCGUGAGGCAUUCAAAUUGGCUUUCAUGCUUUUUGAGCUGUUGGCGCUGCAGUGCGAUAAUGCAAGCAUAGCAGGACUCUAUUGGAUUGUUGACGCGGGCGAUUGUAGCCUGGAACAAAUGCUGCAAUAUGAUCCGUUUCUGCUAAAGAAAACCUUUAUGCUAGUGGAGCAGUGCCUGCCUCUGCGCUUUGCUGAGAUUCAUGUUGUCAACAUGAUAUCCGCUGGGCUAAAGGUUUUCAAUUUUGUCACCUCGUUUUUGCCAGCCAAGCUGCCUUUCAAGUUUAUGCUGCACAAGACGCUGGAGGAUGUGUAUGAGCAUUUGCCACGCGAGGCAAUGAUUGCAGAGCAUGGCGGCCGCAAUGGCAGCAAGGAGCAAGUGCUCAAAGAUUGGCGUCAACAGCUGCUGGCGCAUCGUGAAUAUUUCGAGCGUGAUGCAGCUUUGGGUACAAAUGAACAGCUACGCAGUGGCCAAGCCAAGGCCUGGGCCAAUGCUGAGCUGGCUGGCACCUCUGGCUCUUUUCGCAAAUUGGAAGUGGACUGAAUUAAGAUUACCAUUUUUUUUUUAUGUGCAAUUAUUUGUUUUUAUUAUGUAGCUAAAACUAAAACUAAACAAAGUGUUAUUUAUUGCUUAAUUGUUCACUGGUUUGCUGUAUAACGCGUAUCCCUUUGGUUCGUUGCUUUU